AUGGCCUACUCUGGUAUCUGGGCAUUGUGUGAGGGAGGAUACAGCUUAGGCAAUUUAAGAGACAAUUUGCAGAAGACAAGUAAGAAGAAUAGCUGUGGGAGCAGAAUAAUAACUGUUAUGGAAUUUGAAUCAGACUGGACAAAGCAUAGAAAAUCAUCUGCUCAUACUGCUCAAGUGAUUCGUUCUGCAACAUCGUUCAUGCCUUGGUCUCGUAGAAUCCCAAUUGUUGAAGGAUUUUAUGAAUUUCUUUAG